CUCUCUCUGAACAGCUGACAGCAGAAUAAGAAGGCCAGCUGAUCUAUUUAUAGCAGAGUCCCUCCGAGUCUCGGACCUGAUCUGUCUCAGUUCUGCAGCGCUGCACGCCGUCUCACCACCAACAUGCCCGGCAGCCAGGCCCGGUCCCGGGCCAGAGACCGGAACAAUGUCCUGAACCGGCCCGAGUUUAUGUCCCUGAACCAGCCCCCCCGCAGGGAGCAGGGGGCGGGGGAAGGGCGGGGGGGCGGCGGCCCGAGGAGAGCCAGCAGACAGCAGAGUCAGCAGGAGGACGUGGGAGGGAGGGGGUCGAGGGACUCCUCUGAGGGGGGCCCAGCAGCUGAUGGGGGGGCCAAGGACGCGUCUCAUUGGCCGGAGCAGGACUGCAUGCAGCUGAACCCGUCGUUCCGAGUCAUCGCCAUCAACUCGCUGCUCGCCAUCGAUAUCAGCCUGUCCAAGCGCCUGGGCGUGUGCGCCGGGACGCGUGGCGCAGGGGCGCCGCUGCGCUCCAUGGUGAGCCUGCUGGCCCUCAGUGGACACGCCCUCCCCUGGCUCUGCGGGACGCUGAUCUGUCUGUGGAGCAGCAACACGCUGGCCGGACAGGAAGUCCUCGUCAACCUGCUGCUGGCUCUGAUCCUGGAUCUGAUGACGGUCGCUGGGGUGCAGAAGUUGGUCAAACGCCGAGGACCAUGGGAUUUCCCUCCAGGGUUUUUGGACUACAUCGCCAUGGAUAUGUAUUCUUUCCCAGCAGCCCACGCCAGCCGAGCCGCUAUGGUGUCCAAGUUCCUGCUGCACCACCUGGUGCUGGCGGUGCCCCUCAGGAUACUGCUCUACCUCUGGGCGCUCCUGGCCGGCGUGUCCCGGGUGCUGCUGGGUAAACAUCACAUCUCAGACGUCGGCUGUGGAUUCGCUCUCGGCUUCCUGCACUUCAGUCUGGUGGAGUCCGUUUGGCUGGACUCUGCCACCUGCCAGACGCUCAUCUCCAUUGGCACGCUGCGCUGGACUCCACUGGUCUGAACUGGUUCAGCUGGGAGGAAAGCUGCGUUCACACUGCAAGCGUCAAAAGCUCAAAACGGGCUAAGCUUGGUCGUGCUUCAGUUCGAGGCUUCAUGUCACCAGCAGCUUUCAUUGACUUGUUGCUUUGUUGCUCGUAGUCUGUGAAGGUUCUCAGUCAUCCAGGUUAAAGUACCCAAGGAAGGUUGAAAAACCAAGGGCAACUGGACUUGGUUAACAUUUCGACAUUCUCCCGAGAGACUUCUUCAGUUCUGACUGAACGGUAGGGAAACCCAGCUUUUUAACUUCUGUUGGGUCACUGUCAAGAUGAUCGAUACCGCUUUGUUUCGUUAGUGCUCCCGGCUGUUGUAAAGACAAUCGUUAUGGUUGUUGGAGACACCCAACUGCAUAUGCAGUUUUUUUUAGCUUAAUUUACCUUCGGAGUCAUUGGAAUGGUUAUAUGACUUUUUUCAGGUUGAAUGGUGGCCGUCUCGCUCCCCCCUAGCGCAUAUGAAUGGAAACACCACCCUUGCAAUUUUCGGCCGGUGGGCCGCCGGCCUCAGUGUCAGGAAUAUCAAUAUCAGGAGUGAUAUCAGGUCUCGCAAUGUAACAAAUUGCUUCACGGCACUGCACACACACACGCCACUACACGCUCCCAUCCAGGAACAGGCUAGCUAUAAGAACAAGGUAGCGAUGGAGUUUUUCACACUAUCGUCAUGGCUGAGCCGG